GUGGAAGCGGCCCCGGCUGCCGGCACGUGCCCGGCUCUGCGGCUCCGGCCGGUACCGGUACCGGUACCGGCACGCGCAGUUCCUCCCUCCGCCCCGCCGCUCCCAGCUCGGCCCCGCAGAGCGGCUCGGAGGAUGCCGGUACAGCUGGAGCUGCCGAUUCACAUCUCCGGAAUAAAAGCGGCCGCAGCCUCGAGCUCCCUCCCGGACCCAGAGCCGCUCACCUCCCUUCCUGAAGCAGGACUGCGCUCUCCAUCCCAGUUUGUGUCGUGUCCUGCAGCGCGGGGCCCAUCUUCCGAACUGCUGCACGGCUGUUACCGCAUCAGCGUUGUAAAAGUGAGCACGGAAGCUGUUUUUCAUCUUUCUAUCCACUGUUUUUCGCAGAUCCUCUCCUCGCGCUGCAGCCCCAGGACGGCUCACACACACACCGUGUGUUUUAGAAACACGGGGUCAGACAGCGAGCUGCGGAUGGUUCUGAGUACACCUCAUAACAAUACGAGUUAACUAUGAUGAUUCCUAUUGCCAAAGGCAGGAAAAGAGAGAGUCAUUAGGUUUUAUUCCUGAGACUUUGUCUCAGGCUGUAUUUAAACACACAUUUGGCUGUAUUUAAACACACAUCUCCAUCUUCCAAAGAUUCCAGUAAAGCAGAAUGUCCCACAGUUGCUGCAGGAUUCCUCAGGGGCGUUCCCAGUUCAUUCAUAAGAGCACGGAACUUUCAAAGGCACAAACUACUGCUUCAUUUGAAACACCACCAGAAGGCUGAAUCUUGAAAAAAUCCAUCAUCAGUGUGAUCACAGUGAGGUUAUAUUUUUCUCCCAUUUAAUUCUUCCCACAAACCUGUUAGAUAUGUACAUACAGGCUCACGUCUUUGCUUUCACUGCAGUGUUGUGGUCAUAGUUGUGCCUAGAUGUUACAGUCCCUCUCCAUGCAGCAGUCAGUGCAUUGUGAUUAAGGGAAGUGUUCCCAGUCACCGCUCGCAGCCUCCUGCUCAGCACCGAGCUCAGAGCCAGCUCUUGGUUACUCCCAAUGAUCACAGCAAAAGGCACAGCUUUAAGUGUAGCUUAGAUAAUCAUUUACCUGCACACUGCCUUGCUUCAUUUUAAUUCUAUGUAGCAUUCCUGCUGCAGACAAGCACCCAGGUAACGAACCACUCCUGAAUUGAUCUGGUCAGAGAACUGAAAAGUGAAAAAAGCCCAAAGCCCUUUGUUGGCUCCAAACCUGGGGCUGAUCGGCUCCAGGAGGGGCAGCAGGGACAGGACAGGUGCCAGGGGCCCACACCAGGUGAGCUCGCACACAGGUGCCACCGGGUGCAGGUAGGGUCACCCAGCCCAGCCCAAGCUCUGUACUGCCCUCCCCUGCACUGUGAGUACUCCCAGCAGCUCGGCACUGCUGGCUCUGAGGGAUUCCCAGCACACAGAGCCCUCUGAAAGCUUCUUUUCUGCACGGCCAAUAACCCAGGGGGCAGCCAAGCCUGGCCCUGUCACAGCCUGUCCAAUCAGACAGCUGGGAAGUGGAGCACUCAUUGAAUUACACGUUCCCUUGUUGCCUUACUUCUCCACUAUCAAGUGACACAGAGGAUGGACUGAAUCGCCCUGCAGACUGUUCCAUUUGCAGCACAGUUAGAGGAGCUGCAGGGGGAUGGGGAGGAACUCACCCUCCCGGCACCUCCCAGUGAUGGACACCACACCAGCCCCCUGCUGAGAGUGCAGCCCCCCCCCACCACCAUGCCCCCCCCACAGAAGAAAAUCCUCUUCUGCCUGGCUGGGGUGUUCAGCUUUGUGUGCGCCCUGGGAACCACAGCAGCCAUCGGCACACAGCUGUGGGUGAAGGGAACCAUCCUCUGCAAGACGGGUGCGCUGCUGGUCAACGCCACCGGGCCGGAGCUGGAGAAGUUCAUCGGGGAGAUCCAGUACGGGCUCUUCCAUGGCGAGCGAGUGAGGCAGUGCGGGCUCGGCGGGAGGCCCUUCCAGUUCUCAUUUUUUCCAGACCUGCUCAAGAUCAUCCCUGCGAGCAUCCACGUCAGCAUCAUUCUCUUCUGCACGGUGCUGAUCAUCUUCACGCUGGUGGCAAUGGGCUUUUUCCUGUACAACGCCUUUGGCAGCCCCUACGAAACACUGCAUGGCCCCGUGGGGCUGUACCUGUGGAGCUUCAUUGCCUGUUCCUGCGGCUGCCUCAUCAUGAUCCUCUUCUCCUCCGAGGUGAAGAUCCACCACCUCUCAGAGAAAAUCGCUAACUUUAAGGAGAAAAGUUUCACAUUUAAGACCCACAGUGAACGGUUUGCAGACUCCUUCUGGAUCAUCCUGGCCUGCUCCCUGGUGCACUUCCUCAACGCGCUGCUGAUACGCCUGGCCGGGUUCGAGUUCCCCUUUUCUAAACCCAAGGACACAGAAACAGCCACUGGUGCCGCAGACCUGAUGUAUUAAAGUCACACGGCAUGAGGACAGAGGUGUUCAUCACUGCUACCUUCAGCAGCCACCACCUGCACCAGCUUUUAAAGAAGUUAACAACAAGAGAAGGUUUCAGAUAACUGUUGGUGUGACAGAUAGUAAAUAAAAGAUAACACGCUAGAUGAUAAACCCAGAUCACAAUACCCUUUCUCUCUUGGAUUAAAGCCUUAAUGAGGCAUCUGCUUCUCUUUCCUCCAGA